GCAGAUCGUCAUGAGGUUUCAUGCUCAUAUUUGGCGUCCUCUGGAAGCUUGAAGAUCAUUUCGCCUUAAAUCGUCGACGCGCCGCCUGGUCCUCGCCACUUCCAGAUGGUAUCAACCGGGCGGCAGGUAUCAACAAAGACGAUACGAUCAUGCAACUAUCAACAAGUAGCCAUAUUCUUCAUUAUGUAGUGGGUAGAUAGCUACUUGUCAGGCCAACGUUAUAGUUUUCCAGGACUGAGUUUACAAGCUUUUGCGCCGUUGGAGACGGGAAGUAAACUUUUGGUUGCAAUAUUGCGAAACUGUCUUCUAAUUAGCGGCUAACAAUGUAAAUACAAACUGGACGAAACUAGAGACGUGUACAUUACGUUGGUGGGUUUUUAGUGCCUUUGUAUUCCAAUGAGAACAAUGGUUGUGUUGUGACGAAGAAAGAUUAAAUACAUAAGCUCUCAGAUUGCAAAAUUAUCAAGGACAGUUUGGAGAAGCUUGUGUGUUUGGAACCGAGCAGCUGAGCGCACAUUGCGCGGAGAGAUGUCAGCCCGCAGGAGUAGAUCUCACCGGUCACUGAGAGCCCUGACCGCGAUUUUCAUCCUGCUGUUUGUAAAUAUUGCUGGAACAGCUGCAGAAGACGACGCUUUCAGUGCAGAGUCAUGGCUGAGAAUGUAUGGCUACCUGUCCCAGGCUAGCAGACAGAUGUCCACCAUGCAGUCAGCCCAGAUUCUUUCCAGUGCCAUCAAGGACAUGCAGCACUUCUAUGGCCUGGAGGUCACCGGACAAGUGGAUGUGGCCACUCUAAAAGCUAUGAAAAGACCUCGCUGUGGAGUACCCGAUCGUUUUGAGGAGACAGCCGAUGGAGGUUCACGUCGCAAGCGUUUUGCCCUUACUGGCCACAAGUGGGAUCAGGAUAAGCUCACUUACAGCAUUCAGAACCACUCGCCUAAAGUUGGCCAGGAGCUAACUCUCAAGGCUAUUCGCAGGGCCUUCAAUGUUUGGGAGAAGGUAAUGCCUCUGCAGUUUGUGGAGGUCCCGUACCAUGAGAUAAAGAAUGGAAGCAAAGGGCCUGACAUUAUACUAAUGUUUGCCUCUGGAUACCAUGGUGAUAUGUCUCUGUUCGAUGGGGAAGGAGGCUCUCUGGCUCAUGCUUUUUUCCCUGGUCCCGGAAUGGGUGGAGACAUACAUUUUGACAUAGACGAGCCAUGGACCCUAAACCAACGGGAUGGCUCAGGUGUUGACUUGUUUCUGGUGGCAGUUCAUGAGUUGGGCCAUGCUUUGGGGUUGGAGCAUUCCAAUGAUCCAACUGCCAUCAUGGCGCCAUUCUACCAGUGGAUGGACACAGAAAGCUUCUCAUUGGCUGAGGAUGACAUAAAUGGCAUUCACCAGGUCUAUGGACCUCCAGAGAUUGUGACCACUCAGGUACUUCCUACCACAACCAUGUUUACAACCACUGCUGAGCCAGAGCCCACCACCACGAUGGCCAAUCCAAGAACAACCAAACCAUCACUGCAACCCACCAAGCCCUGGGUGCCUCCAGUCAACCCAACCAGGAGGACCCACAGACCCCAGCCGACAGCACGCACGGAUCAGGAUGCACCUGACAUCUGUGAGGGGAACUUUGACACAGUCACCGUACUGAGAGGAGAGAUGUUUGUGUUCAAGGGUCGUUGGUUCUGGAGGGUUCGGAGGAACCGGGUUCUGGAUAAUUACCCAAUGCCCAUCUCCUUCUUCUGGAUGGGGCUUCCUGAAGACAUAGAUGCUGCAUAUGAACGACACGAUGGAAAAUUUGUAUUCUUUAAAGGAAGUAAAUACUGGCUUUUCAGAGAGGCAGAUGUGGAGCCUGGAUACCCACAGGACUUGUUUCGUUAUGGUCAGGGCAUGCCUGACAGAGUGGACACUGCAGUGUGGUGGGAACCAUCUGGUUUUACCUACUUCUUCAGAGGAGACAGAUAUUGGCGAUUUAGUGAAGAAUCCCGUGCCGUGGAUAAAGAUUACCCCAAACCAGUGAGCGUUUGGGGCGCCAUUCCUGGCUCCCUGAAAGGGGCCUUCCUCAGCGAUGAUGGAGUGUACACUUACUUCUACCAAGGCACCAAAUACUGGAGGUACGAUAACAAACUAAAAAAAGUAGAUUCUGGAUACCCUAGAUCUGUUUUAAACGAUUUCAUGGGCUGCCGGGUGCACUUUGAUGCUGAUGCAGACACAGAUGUAAAGCCUGGCCACAGGUGGCCAGAGACUACAGACAAGAAUCAGAACCCUGAUGACUACAAAAAUGAUGAUGAUGAGGACGUUGCUGUUGAGGACGAAGAUGAUGGAAAUAAUAAUAAUGAUGAAAAAGAGGAGAAAAAGGAGGUGGACGUUGUUCAAAGGGUGAAUGAAAAUGAACACAUUACGACCCUCAUCUUGGUGACAGUGCCUUUGGUCCUGGUGCUAUGCAUUUUGGGAGUGAUCUAUGUCAUUAUUACCACUCUUCAGAGAAAACAGACACCCAAAGUGUUAGUUCACUGCAAAAGGUCCCUGCAGGAGUGGGUCUGAUGCUCACUAACAGAUAUUUGCUCUGUUCCAAAACAGAGUGAGCUUCCUACAGAGACAGUAUUUUUAUGCAUUGCAUGCACACUCCUAACUUGAAGGCUAUUUGAGUAGUUCGCAGUGUUAUGCUGCCUUUUAAGAUGUCUCAUUUAGCCAAUAUCUAAGGCAGCAUUGCAUGCAUACUUGGUGGAAAACACAAUCCCAUUGCAACGAUCAGUCAGUAUGUUUACAUGCACUUUACAAGUUUGAUUUCAAUCGGACUAAAACAGUCAUUCAUAUUUUUAUAAUUUCACAUUAACGCUUUAGUCCGACUGCAAUCUUACAAGUCCAGUUUUUGCUAAGUCGGAUUAACAGACCUAGAUAUUCCACAAUAAGCUUCGCCAUUGCUUUACGUUUCAGAACAUUCGUGGCUUGAAAGAAACAAUUCCUCUGCUGAUGUCUUUCAUUCAAGUAUUCAAUUACGCUUUGUGUCAUGUAUACUUGGACAGACAUGGACUAUAGCUAGACUGCGCAAAACCUGCUGUAGCUCAAUUAUAACAGCUCAUGUAAACAUACCGAGUGAAAACAUUUGAAAGUGUCAUAAGAAAUGGCCAAUUAUAAGUAUAUAUAUAUAUUCAAUAACAAAAAGUAUCACUAAAAAUAGUUCAAUAUUAUUAAAAAUAGUUUAUUUUAUUUCAUAUUUGUGUGUGCCAUUUAUUUUUGUGCGAAUUAGAGUAUAACGUUGCUAGCUUAGCUACAUGCUAACUCCAAACCCAAUUGGAAUCAGCUGUAAGCAUGCAACAUCCACACUAAACAUUUAAGUUUGAACCCUCCGUUUUCAGUUUCCUAACGCCGUCAUUUCCAUAGUAUGCAGUUUUGGAGAGCAAUUUUCGGUUGAGAAAAACUGCAUUCUAGUGUGGAUGAUAGGCGUAAACAUAGAAAAAUCAAUGUUUUCAAAAUUGUGGACGUAGUUUGUGUUGUGCAUGUAGUUGCUGCAUUUGAAGAAUAUUUCAAAUCAAUCUCUUGUGAAGUUCCAUUUCAGUAAGGAUGCUGCCUUCAGUAAGGAGGCCGUCUAUGUAGGCAGUAGACAACAAAGAUGCUCACUAAGUUUUAAAAACAGAGCCACUUUCACUACAUAUAGCUGAUGUUUAUGCACAUAUGUCUUCUACGAGACAAACACCUUUGUCGUUUGAUUGUUUAUGGUGCUCAUCCAAUCAGAACCCUGUUCUGAUCAGAGAAUUUGCACGUUUGGUAGAUGAUUCUGAUUUGUUAAGUGGUCAUUUUAUGUUGUGGUUCUUCUCUGUGAGUGAGUUUGUUGUAUGUUAUGUGUGAUUUCCUGUUGAGCCUAGACAUUUUUGUUUGUACACUGUGGGAAACGCUGGAUGUAUAAAAAAAACACAAAAAAACAGCUUAGAACAGCAAAUUUCUGCACAUCUUCUAUUAACCGGCCUCAUUAAUAGAGGAAACCACAAACUCUGUGACAAGGUGUUGCAAAAGCACAGGGUUAAAAUAAAAGUCAGUUAUAAAUUGUCUUGCACACUUUUAGGAGGGUUUACAGUCUCUUUCCCAUGGAGCCUGGCCUGGCUUGCAUUACACAGAUGUUGCUGAUUUUGUAUUUUAUGAAGAGAAAAAAGAGGGGGAUGGGGGCUUUUGCCUGCCAGCAUUUCCUCUCCCUGAGUUCCAUGGAGCGUGCCAAAAAGGAUGAGGAGGAAUAAAAGUGAGGCGUGGCCUACAUAUAGUGGCCUGUCACCGUGACCUACAUAUAGUGUACAGUACCCAUCCAAUGUUUUUCUUCCUAUGGGACUUUUCUUUGUUUCCCUGCUGUACUACCAGCCCCAGUCUCCCCCAACCAUGGAGUCUUUGUUUAUGAAAGACAUUCUUGGCCUUGGGAUCCUGUCCAUCAGUGCCUUGGAAGGCUGUAUAUGUGCCUUAAUAACGCAGACCAUCAAUGAUGAACAGUGUUGGAAGUGUAUUUCUUUAUUUUUACUGAGCAUGAGCCCAGAGUCUGCAGUCUUUUUGUAGUAGUCACACACAUUUUUUUAGCCAAAAAUGCAAAUGCAUUUGGUAUUUUAAACUUGUGUCAUUUUUGUAUUAUCUCUGUUAAAAUGAAUGUGUUUUUUAUUUUCCCUGCUGCAAAAACAGCUUAAAGGGAUAGUGCACCCAAAAAUUCGAAUUCUUUCAUAAUUUACUCACCCUCAUGCCAUCCAGAUGUGUUUGACUUACUUUCUUCUGCUGAACACAAAUGAAGAUUUUUAGAAGAAUAUCUCUCUAGCCCUGUAUGUACAUACAAUGCAAGUGAAUGGUGGCCAGAACUUUGAAGGUCCAAAAAGCACAUAAAGGCAGCAAAAAAGUAUUCUAUAAGCGAUGUAGUAGGUGUGGGAGAGGAAACGGAUCAAUAUUUUAUUCCUUUUUUACUAUAAAUUCUUCUGUCUGCCCAGUAGGUGGCAAUAUGCACAAAUAAUGCGAAUCACCAAAAACAAAAGAAGAAUGCAAAAGGAAAGUGGAGAUUUAUAGUAAGAAAGGACUUAAAUAUUGAACUGUUUCUCACCCACUCUUAAAUUUCUGAAGAUAUGGAUUUAACCACUUUGUAUGGAGUUCCUUUUAGGCUUGUUUUAUGUGCUUUUUUGAUCUUCAAAGUUCUGGCAACCAGUCACUUGCAUUGUACUUGCAACUCAGAGCUUGAGAUAUUUUUCUAAAAAUCUUUGUUUGUGUUCAGCUGAAGAAAGUCAUACACAUCUGGGAUCACAUGAGGGUGAGUAAACGAUGAGAGAAUUUUCAUUUCUGGGUGAACUAUCCCUUUAAACAAUUCUAAGCUGGUUUGCUGGUCUCAGAGCCCGGUUGGCUGGUUUUGUGGCCCUUUUUAGUUGGUCAGGCUGGGAGACCAUCUUAACCCAGCUACAACCAGCAAACCACUCCAGGUUUAGGUAUAAAAAAAACAUUUCAGCAGAUUUAGUUUAGACUUUUUAACAAACGAAAGCUUUGAGAGUUGAGAAACUCAAUUAAUUUCAUAUUUGUAUUUUUAUUUCUGACAUUUAUAUUGUUUUAUAUUAACGAUCGAGUAAAUCAUGCAGGGCAUGUAUCGCUUUCACAGAUAUUAUCUGGUAUGUAGCUUGUUCACAAUAAAAUGGAGUAUGCAGACGUAAUCAUCCUUUUUAUUUUGGUCUUCCUCUGCUGAUUUUACACUUCCUU